CAUCCCAAACUAUAAUCGAAGCUUCGUCGUCGGGUGCGCGCGCGCGGCCACACCCACACCCAUGCCCAGGUGAUCCAUUCCAGCGGAGCAUAGCAUAGCAUUCGGCGCUUCCUGCGACCUUCGUGUCGGGUCGUCUCUCGUCUGCUGUCUGUCCCACCCGCACCCGCCGAUCCAGAUUCCGUACCGUACGCUAGCUAGCUGUCCGGCGCAGCCCGAGCGUGCCACGUCGUGCGUCCGGGGGGAGCGAUAGCAUGCUCCCGGCCUCGAGGUAGGAUGGAGGACGCGUCCUAUAAAAAGCAGCAGUCGCAGUCUCACUCUCACACAUCACGAGCUUUCUCGAGCUCCACCGGCAGCCAAGCUACGUGUUCCCACCCUAGUCUACUCUAGCGGCCCUUGUCCUGCUGCUUGCCUUGCUUGCGCCUGUGAUACUGAGCGGGAGAUGGAAGCGUACGCGGCAAUGGCGUCGCCGCCCACGAAAGGCAUGGGCGUGGACAAGCUCAGCUACGAGAUCUUCUCCCUGCUCGAGAGAACGUUCCUCCUCGGCCCCGGCACGCCUCCCCGGGCGCUUCUGGACGGCGGGCGCGUGCGGGUACUGGCGAUCGACGGCUGCGGCGCGGGCGCCGAGGACGCGCUCCUGGCCGCCGCCGCGCUCGCGCGGCUCGAGGCCGGGCUGCGCGACCGCACCGGCGACCCGGACGCGCGCGUGGCCGACUUCUUCGACCUCGCGGCUGGCGCCGGCGCGGGCGGAGUGCUCGCCGCGAUGCUGUUCCUGAGGGGCGCCGACGGCCGGCCGCGGUACACGGCCAACGAGGCGCUCGCGUUCGUGGCCGGGAGCAUCGGCGGGAAGGGCUGGGGAGGCCGCCGGCGCGGGCCGUGGGCGAAGCUGUUCCGCGGCGCCGCCCGCGGCGGGGACCGGUCGUUCUUCCGCAGCGCGUUCGGAGACGCGACGCUCAGGGACACCGUGGCGCCGCUCCUCGUGCCGUGCCACGACCUCGCCACGGCCGCGCCGUUCGUCUUCUCCCGCGCCGACGCCGUCGAGAGCGACAGCUUCGACUUCCGACUCCGCGACGUGUGUGCCGCCACCUGCGCCGCGGGUGGCGCGCUCGCGAGCGUGAGGUCGGUCGAUGGCGCCACGGCCAUCGCCGCGGCGUCCGGGGGAGUGGCGGCCAUGGGCAACCCGGCCGCGGCGGCCAUCACGCACGUGCUCCACAACAAGCAGGAGUUCCCCCUCGCCACCGGCGUCCAAGACCUCCUCGUGCUCUCCAUCGGCGCCGGUGCCUCGGCCACCGUCUGCGACGGGUCCAGCACGCCCAUGCCCGCGCGUUCUCCGUCGCCGCGGGAGCUGGCGCGCGUCACCGCCGAGGGCGUCGCGGAUAUGGUGGACGAGUCGGUGGCCAUGGCGUUCGGAGACGCGUGUGGAUGCAAGUACGUGCGCAUCCAGGCCCGCAAGGCGCCGGCGCCGCUCCACGCGGCAGCGGGAGCGAUGCUUGCGCAGCGCAGCGUGGAGUCGGUGCUGUUCCGGGGGCGAAGGCUGUCGGAGCGGACCAACGCGGAGAAGGUGGACGCGCUCGCCGCGGAGCUUGUUAAGGAGCAGGAGCGGCGGCGGCACAGCCCGCUUCCGAACGUAGCCAUAAAGCAGGUGGCCACGCCGCGGCUGUCGUCGGCGACCACGACGUCGUCAGGCACCGCGACGGCAAGGACCGCAUCGACGAUGCCGUCGCCGGCGUCGUGGGAUUCUCGUCGAUAGUUGAGUUAAUUAGGGCAUGUACAAUGCUUAGACAGUUGCCGUCUGUAAGCGCUUAGAAGUUCGCAUAUAGAUAACAUAAUAGACAGUGGGUUGUCUGUUUACACUGUCUACGUAGUUUUAAAUUUGUAUAAUGUCUUUUAUUGCUAUAAGAGAUCCCAUGUAUAAACUGUCUUUGUUACUAUUGUGUUUCUUAUUUAUGAACUACAAUAAAAUAAAUGAAUUAGGAAUAAAAGAAAAAAAUUAAAAUA